AUGGCCAAGAACUGCCCCAGCCACCAGAAGCUGCCAGGGCCCAGCCAGGGCUUCUGCAGGACUCGGGUGGGGGUGGGGUGGCGCCCAGCCCAGGUCCCCGAGGACCCCGGCGUCCCCGGGGAGGGCGCAGCUGGCCCUGGCAGCGCCCGGACGCCGGGCCCCGCACCCCUGAAACUCUGGGCCUGGGCGGCCCCCGCUGACCCGGCGCGUCCCUCCCCGGGACAGAUCCUGUUCUGCACCCUCAACAGCCACAAGGUGGACAUGCAGAAGCUGCUGGGCGGCCAGAUCGGCCUGGAGGACUUCAUCUUCGCGCACGUGCGCGGCGAGACCAAGGAGGUGGAGGUCACCAAGACGGAGGACGCGCUGGGGCUGACCAUCACCGACAACGGGGCCGGCUACGCCUUCAUCAAGAGGAUUAAAGAGGGGAGCAUCAUCAACCGGAUGGAGACGGUGUGCGUGGGGGACAGCAUCGAGGCCAUCAACGACCACUCCAUCGUGGGCUGCCGCCACUACGAGGUGGCCAAGAUGCUGCGGGAGCUGCCCAAGGCCCAGCCCUUCACCCUCCGCCUGGUGCAGCCCAAGCGGGCCUUCGAUAUGAUUGGCCAGAGAGGCCGCAGCAGCAAGUGUCCCCUGGAGUCCAAAGUGAGCAGUGGGAGAGAGACUCUGCGGCUGCGUGCGGGGGGUGCUGCCACCGUGGAGGAGGCGCCCAGUGACUUUGAGGAGGAGGCCUCGGGGAAGGUGGACGACCUUCUGGAGAGUUACAUGGGCAUUCGGGACCCCGAGCUGGCGUCCACCAUGGUGGAGACGUCCAAGAAGACGGCGAGUGUGCAGGAGUUUGCUCGCUGUUUGGACUCCGUCUUGGGCGAGUUUGCCUUCCCCGACGAGUUUGUGGUGGAGGUGUGGGCCGCCAUCGGCGAGGCCAGGGAGACCUGUGGCUAGUGUGCCCGGUGGCAGAGCGCAGCCCCAGCCCGGAGCCCAGCCCCCUGCCCCAGCCCUGCGCCACAGCCAGCGCCCCAACCAAGCCCAGGCCUGGAGGCCUGCCAGGCUCCCGGACCAAGCCCUGCUCCACAACUCAAGCCAGCCCUGUGACCAAGCCCUGCUCCAGAGCCCAGCCCAGCGCUCACACCAGAUCUAGCUCCAAAACCCGACGCAGCUCUGACACCAGCUCCAGCUCCAAAACCCAACGCAGCUCUGACACCAGAUCCAGCUCUAGAACAGAGCUCAGCCCUGAGACCAAACCCAGCUCCAGAACCCAAAGCAGCUCUGACACUACAUCCAGCUCUACAACAGAGCUCAGCUCUGAGAACAAGCCUAGAUCUGGAGCCCAGCACAUCACUGAGACCAAGCCCUGCUCCAGAACCCAAGCCAGCCCUGAAACCAAACCCGGUUAUAGAGCCCAGCUCAGCUCCGAGACCAAACCCAGCUCCAGAACCCAGCUCAGCUCCCAGACCAAGCCCUGCUCCAGAACCCAGCGUAGCUCUGAGUCCAAACACAGCUUGAGAGUUGAACUCAGCUCUGAGACCAAACCCUGUUCUAGAGCUCAAGUCAGCUCUGAGACCAAAUCUAGCACCCAAAACCAGCCCAGCUUGGACACUCGCUCUACCUCUACAACUGAGCUCAGCUCCGACAGCAAUCCUAGACCUGGAACCCAGUUCAGCUCAGGGACCAAGCCCAGCUCUCCAACGGAGCUCAGCUCUGAGAUGAAGCCUUGUUCCAGCACACAAGUUAGCUCUGAGGCCCAGCCCGGCCCCCAGACCCAGCUCAGCUCUGAGCGUCAGCUCCCCUCUGGAACCCAGCCAAGCCCUCACGCAAAGCUGUGUUCUGGAACUCAGACAACUCCAGAGCUGACCCCCAGUUCUAGAACCCAGUCCAGCUUCAACACCAAGCUCAACCAUCCAACUCGACGUGACUCUGGGCUUCCAGAUCCUUCCACGGCCAUCCUGGACACCCAGCCAAGCCCUGCAGAAGCUCUUAGCCUUGGAACCCAGGUGAGAAUGAAGAGCCCGCGCAGCUCGGGCACUCCAACCAGCUCAGGAGCCAAAGAGUGUUCCCAGGUGCAACUGUAUUCCAGAAUCCAGAUGAGCUCGGGAAGCCAGCGCCUCCCUGCCACCCAGUACCCAUCCGGACUGCAGCCUGGCUUGAGAACUCUGCUGUUCCCACAUCUAUCCCUCCAGGAUGCAUCCCAGAUCAGCGCCAGUGCUGGGUCUAGCUGUGAAACAAAGCCCAGCCAGAGAACCCAGCCUUCGGCUACAACCAGCACCAGAAUCCAGAGCAGCCCUGGACCCCCAUCCAGCUCCAGAAGGUGGCUUGGCACCAAAUCUUACUCACCCUGCAGAUCACACACGAGCAUGAGAACAUUGUCCACCUCUGGGACCCAGACUGACAUGGCCUGGCCACCAUCUGGAGUCCCGUCCAGCUCAGCUGUCCUUCCCCGCUCCAGAGCCCGGCCCAGCUCUGAAACACGGCCAGCUGAGACCCAGGCAAGUUCUAGAAUGCAGCCAAGUGCUGGACCUCAGCCGAGUUCUGGGGUGCAGGCCCAGGCCGUGGUAGAACCACGUUCGGAAACCCCGCUCAGUUCUGAUGGUCCACCCGGAACCAGAGCCCAACGCUGCCCAGGAACCCGGCCAGCUUCCGGGGCUCAGCUUGGUGCUAAACCCCAGGCAGGUUCCCAGGGCCCGCGCCAGCCCAACACCCAAGCCAGCGCUGGGACUCCACUGGGCUUGGAGAAGCAGCUUGGCUCUGAAAUUCCCUUGAGUUCCAGCACCCAGCUGACGUCUGCAGCCCAGCUCAGCUCCAGAACUACAAUUGGCUCAGAGACCCAGCCCAGCGCCACCUCGGAAGCCCAGAUCAACGCCACAAGCCUUGAGGGGUCCAAAAUCCAGCCCCACUCCAGAACCCAGGUCAGCCCUAGAAACAGGCUCCGGUCUCCAAUUCCAAACCCUGACCCAAGAUCCCUGCAGGGUCCUUUGGUUCCAGCCGGGCCUCAGGCCACAGCCCCAGUCUCUAGAGCCCCAACUCCCACCCAGAGCCAAGCUCCUGUGACUUGGCCUCAGUCCCGGGGAGUGCAGGCUAGCUCCAGGCCAGGCAGAAGUCCUCCAGCCUCCUACCUGGCCCCCCAACCACGGGGCCCACCCACCCCCCAGAAGCCAGCCCUUGGCCCCAAACCUCAGCUGGGACCCCAGAAGUCCACCCCACCUGGGCUAUCUGUCCCUCGUUGCCCAGGUCCCAGGGCAGCCAUCCUUCCCUCCCCGCCCCCCAGAUCCCCAGCUCAGGGUGCAGGCCCCUCCCCCAUGCAGGGGAGCCCCAGCC